UGAGAAGCAGGGGUAAGCACCAGAGCCGCUUUCUUUGUUCCAGCGCCGGUAACGUGACCCUCUUUAAAAUCCCCCACAUGCCCCACCCUCCCCUCGCACUGUCUCCUUAAGGCCAUCCCUUCCGCUCUUCUGCUCCAUCUCCAUUCCCCAUUCCCAGCGGAAACAAUAAUGGCGGACAGAUACCACUUCCUCUCGGUUCUCUUCUUGCUUUCACUCUUCGCCUCCAUUGUCUUAUGCCGAAAUCUCUCGCCCCGGAGCAUCGGAUCCGCCCCCACCACCGCCACUCUCGACGUCUCCGCCUCACUCGGACAAGCCCUCCGCGUCCUCUCCUUCGACCCCGACCAAGCCCUCGACCAAGAGAUGAAGUCCUUCCACCACGGCGGCGGCGCGGCCACGUCCGGCGGCUUCACACUUGAACUGCAUUCUCGAGACUUUCUCCCUACCGCCGCCCAGGCCCGCCACACCGACUACAAAACCCUAACCCUCGCCCGCCUCCACCGCGACUCCGCCCGGGUGAAAUCCAUUGCCGCUCGCCUCGCCCUCGCCGCCCACGGCGUCAAACGCUCAGAUCUGAAACCCCUCGCCGAGGAGAAGGAACUGGCGGCGAUGGCGCAGGCCAUCAAGGGCCCGAUCGUCUCCGGGACGAGCCAGGGCAGUGGCGAGUACUUCUCCCGUGUUGGGAUCGGGAAGCCCGCCAAGCCCUUGUACAUGGUUCUUGACACCGGGAGCGACGUCACCUGGGUCCAAUGUCAGCCCUGCACCGAUUGCUACCAGCAAUCCGACCCCGUAUUCGAGCCUUCCGCCUCCUCCUCCUACUCCCCCCUCCCCUGCGACUCCCCCCGCUGCCACGACCUUGAUAUCUCCGCCUGCCGCAACUCCUCCGCCGGCGGUUCCUCUUGCCUCUACCAGGUCUCCUACGGCGACGGGUCCUAUACCAUCGGGGAUUUUGCGACGGAGACGGUGACCCUCGGCGACUCCGCCCCCGUCUCCGGCGUCGCCAUCGGGUGCGGCCACGACAACGAGGGCCUCUUUGUCGGCGCCGCGGGGCUCCUCGCUCUCGGCGGCGGACCUCUUUCCUUCCCCUCUCAGAUCUCCGCCCGCACCUUCUCCUACUGCCUUGUCGACCGCGACUCCCCGGCUAGCUCCACCCUCGAGUUGGGUGGCGGCUCCGCCUCCACUGCGGCGGUGGCCGCGCCGAUGCUCCGCAACCGCAAGCUGGACACGUUCUACUACGUGGGACUCUCCGGGAUCAGCGUAGGCGGAGCGAUGCUGUCCAUCCCGCCGUCGGCGUUCGCGAUGGACGAAAGCGGGAGCGGCGGGGUGAUCGUGGACUCCGGGACGGCGGUGACGCGGCUUCAGGCGGAGGCGUACGAGGCGCUCCGGGAUGCGUUCCGGCGCGGGACGGCGGGGCUGCCGGCGGCGGCGGGAGUGUCGCUGUUCGACACGUGCUACGACCUUUCGUCGAGGACCAGCGUGGAUGUGCCGACGGUGGCGUUCCACUUCCCGGAGGGUCGGGAGCUUCGACUGCCGGCGAAGAACUACCUCAUCCCGGUGGACGGCGUCGGCACCUACUGCCUCGCCUUCGCUCCGACGAAGGCGCCGUUGUCCAUCAUCGGGAACGUCCAGCAGCAGGGUACACGUGUCAGUUUCGAUCUCGACAAAUCGGUGGUGGGGUUCACGCCCAAUAACUGCUAGGCCUCAGUCUCUCUUUACAGUUUACCCCCUAGUCCUCUGUGCUCCUUUUACUUCUUUUUAUUUUUUUUGUUUUACUGUUUUACUUUUUUUUUUUUUACCGCUGUUGCCAUCUCGGUUGGCGCUGGGGCACUGUAAGGAUGGUGCUUUCAUCAAGUGGUUCGCUGGUAUAACGGCGUGGGGGAUUGGAUCAGGGGAUGUAGCCGUUGUGGGUGGGUUGGGAUGCUGAUUUAAAUGGGUAACUGUGAGCUGUUUAUUUAUCAUCGUAUCGUGUAUAGUAAGUAAUCCGUCCAGCUGUUCUAAGAUUAGAUCUCAGCCGCUGGAGGGUGUUGUCUGUGUGUGUGGACGUGGGUAGGGAAGUUGGUGUGACAUACUUGCACGCCGAAACAAAAAUCGCUGCAGCAAUGAAUGCAGGCUUUAAUUGUU